AUGGUUGCGGACUUUGCUCGUUCAGAAGCGUUGUUUCUAUUUCUACGUCUAUUUCUUCUUAUUAUCAUUGCUGUAAAUCAUGGAUAUUCAGAGGAACGCGGAGGGCCAUGGAAGACAUGGAAGAGGGCAAAGAGCUUCGCAGAAGAAGCAGCGAAGAGAUCCCAGACCCUUACGAACUCCGUCACCAUAUCCGACCUUGUCUCCGAGACCGCCAAGAAAUCCAAGGAGCUAUCCGCCGAGGCCUCCAAGAGGGCCGUUCAGAUUAAGACCGCCGCGCUCAAGCAGGCCGAUGAGAUCCAGUUCAAAUCCCUUUCCCUCCCCGACAUCAUCCCCUCUCAGCUCUCCUCACUCUCCGUCUCCGCUUCCUCGGUUUCCGCCGUGUACUCCCAGUCGGAGCUCCGGAAGUUCGGGGUCACUGACGAUGUGCACGAGUUCGUCAAGGGACUCACUUCUACUACAUUCCAGAAUUUUCCAAUCCAAGAGGAAGCAGAGGCGUCUGAUGUGGCUACGACGGCGUCGAACGUGAGGAAAGAUCUGACGGAGUGGCAGGAGAAGCAUGCUACUAUGGUUCUCAGUACUGUUAAGGAAAUUUCAAGAUUAAGGUAUGAAUUAUGCCCGCGAGUUAUGAAAGAGAGAAGAUUCUGGAGAAUAUAUUUCACACUUGUGAGCAGCCAUGUGGCUCCGUUUGAGAAGCAAUACAUAGAGGAGGCUCAGCUCAAAGCAGCAGAGGACAUAAAAGAUGAUAAAAUGAAUAAAAAUUCUGUAGAAAAUGUGAAAGCUGAAGGGAUGGAGAAGAACUCAAAGGGUAAAGCUACCAAUUCAUCAUCAGCUGAGCAGGACUUGGACACGUUUCUCUUGGGUGAUCUUGAUGACAAUGAUGGGGGUCCAGACGAGGAGGGUGAGGGGAACUUGGAUGAUGAUUUUGACAAGAUUGACAAUUCAGACAUUGAAGAUGAGAAGCAGGUGAAGAAAAAUGUAGAUGUGAAAGUUUAGAACACUGCCAAUUCCGAGGGCAAUAUGGAGUAAAUGCCAAGAGUUGCUUUUGUAACUAAAAGUAAUGCCUCGUAGCCUGCCACGUAUGAAAUUUAAUAUUGUGAUCUCAUGGGGAUGCAGUUUCUAUAUCAUAUUCGGGAUGGCAAAUUUGAAUUAGAAGUUAGUUAGUAUAUUGGUUAGCUAUGAUGCCUAUUUGGCCAUUGGAAAACAACUGAGGGAGUUGCCUUGUACAGAUGACUUGAUUCCGCUCAUUCGCAUAAGAGGUAAAGGUUUUUAGCCGUGAUCUCCAUAAGGUUACUCUGAACGUCUCAUUUCAAUAAAUAAAGAAAUAUUCAGAGUAUUUUAAUACGAUCUGUGUGGGUGUUAUCUAUCUGAUACGUUUG